CGCGAGUUUGAGGAGCUGGUACGGAGUGCGCAAGCGCCCCUAUCUACCCCGCAAAGGAUCGACCCCUCACAGAAGGAAGCAGAUAUGGCACUGCACCCCGACGCCCGUGCCCCGAUCGUGCCGGAGUUCGAGGGCGAGGUCAACCCCGCUACCGGCGAGCAGGGUGGCCCCAAGCGCGAGCCUGUUGGUCGGUGGGGCGAGGGCGACGGGGACUGGAGCUUCAAGGGCCGGGUGUCGGAUUUUUAG